AUGAAAGUUGACAAUAUCUCUGAAAACCCUUCUUCAUCUAAAAAUAGAUCAAAACUUUUAGAUUCUAACAAAUAUCUUGAAGACGAUGAUAUAGAAGAAGACUUAAAAGAUUUUACUGUUGUUAUAAAAACUACUCUCUUUAUAGUUGCCAGAGUUUCAGUUCAUCACAAUAAUUUGACGUGUUCAAUAAUUAUCUACUUUAUGACAUUAAAUACAACUGCUAUAGCUUUACACGUGACCAUUCCUGAUCUUAAGAUUGAUACAUUCUGUGAUUUCUCUUAA